AUGGAGUACUUUCGAUCGCUGUCGUCGGCGCUGGGCAAGUCGGGGGGACCUCUAUCUAACUAUAUUAUCGAUGAAGAUGUCGAUUCGUAUCAUGGGCAAAGUAUAUGGACACUGCACCGCGGCACGCGGCGCUCUGAUUCGGUGCCUGUGAGCAUCUUCAGCUUCGAUCAGACACAGGCAUCGCGCGAUCAAAUUGCCAUGGCCCAGAAUGCCAUAAAGCGUCUACGGACCACCAGAUACCCACAUAUUCUCAAGUUUCUAGACACGACAGAGAGUCAAGGCACGCUGUAUCUCGUGGUGGAGCGUGUUGAACCAUUGAUUGACACCAUGGCGCUGUGGGCGCAGGGCAAGGGACGCGGCGCAUCCACACCGGCCUGGAUCGUAUGGGGGUUGGGCCAUAUUGCGAGUGCCUUGGCAUUCUUCCAUCAAAAUAUGCAUGCCGUGCAUGGUAAUGUGCACCCCGGCAGUGUGUUUCUCGCGCCAUCGGGGGAAUGGCUCUUGGGCGGCAUGGAAACGCUAAGUCAGCCAUCUGAACCUGAUGCUUUGGUUCUGCGUCUCGGUGGUAGAUCUCCGCGUGCGAAUGUGUAUGCUGCGCCGGAAGUGGUUCAAGCUGGGUUUGGCGCUUUAAAUACACGCCACAUCUACGCAACUGACAGCUACAGCUUGUGCAUGCUGGCCGUUGAGGCGUUCAAUGGCACUCUGCCGGCCAACACGUCCCAUUUCCCUGCUGGGCGUAUUCCGACGCCCCUAUAUGCACAUCUGAAGCGCAUGGCCCAACCACGUCCUGAUACACGACUGAGCGUAACCGAGUUCCUCGAGCUCGGACGCCUACCUCAAGGCUUCCUCAGCACCAAUGUCCUGGUCCAGGCCGAUCAAAUCCUCGAGGAUUUCCGCGUAGCUCAUCCCGUGGACAAGGGCAGCGCACUUGCUCGUCUUGUGGUGUCACAGGAGCAAAUUGCGCCGUCCUUUGCUCAGUUCAAGGUCCUGCCUGCGCUUGUAGAGACAUUCCGCUACAAGGGCGGAUCCAAGGAUCUCGAUCUCGAGUUUUCUGCCUCGUCCCUCUUGCCACUUAUUCUGGAGAUCGGUGCCACUAUGGACUCAGAUGCAUGGCGUCGUGUGCUCAGCGAACCUAUACUUGGUGCUAUGGCCUCGCCGUACCAGCCGAUCCGCUUCGUGCUCAUGUCCAAUGUCACGCUGUACGCUCAUCAUCUCGAUGCCAAGGCCGUAUCACACCAGCUCUGGCCCCUCGUGUGGAAGUCAUUCCAGUCGACGCAGGAAUUAGAGCGCACGGCGGCGAUCAACAGCAUCCGGGUCUUGCUCCCCAAGUUCAGCGAGCGCAUUCUAAACAAUGAGCUGCUGCGCGAACUUGCCAAGAUGCAAAAAGACGUUCGUCCGCUUCUUCGUCUGCAGGCGACACAGUUGCUGUCAGAAAUGUCGCCUCGUUUAACAUCACGCACCAAAGCCGACGUCCUGAUUCCUGCUUUUGCUUGCAGUUUGCGCGACACGUUCGACGAGACACGCCUCGCCGGUAUCAAGGCCUUCCGCGAGGCUGCCGAUAACUUUGACGCUCCAACAGCUGCUUGCCAUGUCGUCCCGGCUCUUUCUCCGUGUCUCGUUGAUGCGAAUGCGGCGGUCCGUGACUCGGCGUCUGAAGCACUGCACUUCUAUCUCAACAAGAUCAGCGAGUACACGCAGGACAUGUCGUCACACAGUGUAGAGCUACCAUCCGAAGAGCCGUCCUCGAAAGACACAGAGCCGACUCUUAAGCCUGAACCACGCGCCAACAAGUUUGCCUCGUUUCUCUCAGCCACAGCCGGCAGCGCAGCCUCUCGAUUGGGCGAAUGGGCCAUGGCGCAGCUCGAAGAGGAUGAUGCACUCGCGACACAAGUAUCGCAGAGCCUGGCGCAGCCCAGCAAAGCCGCGCAGUCACAAGCGUCCCUUACGCCUGAUUUGUUGUCGCCUCCAGCUGUGCCCGUCCACCAAGCGUCCUCCUCAGGCAUGGACCUUUCUGCCAACAACCGGGCCGAAAAGGUGGCCAAUACACUCAUGCAGUCACAGCCCAAGAAGGCUGCGCCCAGUCUUACCAGCAAGCCGCGAGAAGUGUCCCCUAUCACACGAGUGAACGCUCCCUCCAAGACACUAUCGAAGGAAGAAAAAAUGGCCCAGCUCCAUAAACUUCGUGAAGAACGACGUGCCGUACGUAUGACCGACUAA